AUGAAGAGUUAUGACGACAUCAUCAAGGAACAAGAGGCCAGAGGGUUCAUUGAGAAGGUUAGCAGCCCUGACCCGUCUGACCACGCCCACUACAUACCCCACCACCAUGUAAAAAAGGAGUCAUCGACCACGCCCAUUCGUAUUGUCUUCGAUUGUAGUUGUCACCAGGCUCCCUCGACCCCAAGUCUGAACGACUGCCUAGAGGUCGGUUCACCUUACCUAGCCGACAUGGGCUCGAUUUUAGUGCGGUUUCGCGCCAACCCUAUUGGAAUUUCUACCGAUAUAGAAAAAGCUUUCCUCCAUGUACGUCUCAGCGAAGCUGACCGCGACAUGACCCGGUUCCUAUGGCUAUCCGAUCCCGGUGACCCCGAAAGUGAGUUCCAGACCUACCGUUUCAAGUCGGUCCUUUUUGGCUCUGCGAGCUCCCCCUUUAUGCUGAAUGCUGUCCUUCAAACACACCUUGAUAAUCAUAAGACACCAGUCACACAGGACAUGAGGGACAAUCUCUAUGUUGACAACAUCAUCACCGGCGGUGAAACACGCGUCAAGAUAGGAGACGUUGUCCAGAUCCACAGCGAGAAAAAGAGGUUGAAGUGGAAACUAGGCGUAGUGGAAGAUCUGAUUAGAGGUGCCGACGGAUGUGUACGGGCUGUAACCUUAAAAACAGCUAAGGGUCACACGAACAGACCUAUCUCCAAGCUAUAUCCCCUUGAGAUUACUACUGAUGUUGGGGAAACUGCAGACGCGCAGACAGGAGAUUAUGGCCAAUUGUCAAUCAAUUAG